AUGGAUAUCUUUCGAGUUCGUUUGAAUUGUAUCGAUCAUUAUCAGGCAACUCCAACGGAAUUCGACCCUCCCGUGCCAUAUGGCGUCGGUAUAUCGCAAAGAAAUGAAAGGCCAAAGGUACCUGUCAUUCGCGCCUUUGGGGCGACUGAAACAGGCCAGAAGGUCUGUGCCCAUAUCCAUGGUGCCUUUCCUUACCUCUAUAUUGAGUACAAGGGAAGCCUAGAACCAGAUGAAGUGAACACCGCCAUUCGUAAUCUACAUCUCUCAAUCGACCAUGCUUUGGCUGUUAGCUACCGUCGGAACGCAUACGAGGGGAAGACGGCUUACGUCGCCCACAUAUCCCUGGUCAAAGGGAUACCCUUCUAUGGUUAUCAUGUGGGAUAUCAGUUUUAUUUCAAAAUAUACCUGUUGAACCCACUGAAUAUAACCAGGCUCGCUGAUCUCCUACGUCAAGGGGCUGUGUUGAAACGUCCUAUGCAGCCGUAUGAAAGUCACCUUCAAUACAUACCGCAGUGGAUGUGUGAUUUCAACCUGUAUGGCUGUGCGUACAUGGAGUGUGCGAAGGUCAAGUUCCGCUCGCCGGUUCCAAGCUAUCUCGAACUUUCCAAUCUGGAUCAUCGUUGGCAUGAUCGCUCAAUACCUAGCGAACUCAUUUCGAACGAAUCCGAAUUACCGAAGCAGAGUCAUUGCUCCUUGGAAGUGGAUGUCUGUGUCCAGGAUAUCAUUAACCGGCACGCUAUAAAAGAGAGGCCGUUACAUCAUGACUUUGUUGAGCGAAUACAUCCUCUAUCCCCCGAAGAGAAACUCGUUCACAGUAUGGCCGGUUUGUGGCAGGAUGAGACGCGAAGGCGUAAAAAGAGACUUGGAAUUAAGGAUCCUGGAAGCAGCCCUUUCGGCCCGGAGGAGCUAGUCUCGAUGUCUGCUAGCCCCAGAGACCAGAACACAGGUGGCUGGAUCCACGAAGACGAGUUCUGGGAGAAAUUGCGUGAAAUUGUUGAGGAGGAAAAGCGGAAGAGUGAUGGCACAAGCGUCUCUUUCGAAACAUACGUGAAGAAGGAUCCUCUCGAACAUACGGUCAAGACUGCACUUGAGAGUGUCGAGGAUUUGUUUCCACAGAAGCUGGAGCCUCUGAAUCAUGAGAGCAAUCACCUGCAGGAUGGAGCUAUGGAUACUGGUAUCGAGGUUGAUGAAAAUACAGCGCUCUCAUUUGAAUCGGAUGAUCGAUAUGACUAUUCAGAUGACGAGGUCUCUGUCCAGCCAGAUUUCGGAUUUGUGCAAGAUGAUCCUGCUCUCGAGGAGCUUGGUGUUAAUUCAGACUCAAAUAAUGACGGACCCAAACAAUGCGAUGGAAACGGUCUACCCAAACCUGACGGUUUAGCUCGUCGCAGAAGUACCACAGCCCGUAUCAGAGAAACAGAUGGGAUGCAUAAUGCAGAAUUUGAUCCCGGCGCCAUUUCACGACCGCAGAAACGAUCAGAUGGCGAAGAAAUAAACGUAGGACAUGUGGCAAAACGAUCGAAACAACUUAAUGGCGAAUAUAUUCACAAUCGAGAAACUUAUUCAACUGCCACUACGGACACAGGAAUUUCCCCGUUUGACACUCCCGCAGCUUUGGGGGAUGUUGCUGCUCAAACUAAUCAUCAAAGUAGUGCAGACGGCAUGGUCAAGCCACUUCCCCAACCAAAGCCGUCUUCCUCGCAGAGGAUGCUCCCGGGUAGAGCCUCGAGUCAAAAUCAGCGGCUUUCGUUUCCGGUUGUCAAGGACCCUAAUGAUCCUUUAACACUGUUGCGCUUUAGUCAAAGUCAGAAAAGCAUUUCUUCGAAACCGACUUCUCAACUCUCCCAGGAGACGGAGAAGGUUUCCGCACAAGGACAUCGUGAAGACUCUCAAGCUAGGUCGUCUUCGCAGUUGCAUUCAACAAAUAGCGAUCAAACCCUGCAAGAUUUCAAUACAGAUGACCUUCUGACGGCCUCUAAAAUUCAUGAUGCGUUUCACAUCCCUAGGAAUCGCAAAAUCCUGUGUUACUGCCACCCUUGUCCCCGGCCUAGUGAAAUAAUGUCAACGAUCAAUGACGAAGGACGCCCGACAGUCGUUUAUCAGAAGGCCUACUAUAGUGACGAGAGUGAUGUUCCUGAGCGGCAGCGGGAGUAUGCGGGACGUGAAUUUCGUCUGGGGAGUGAUACCUUACAAUACCUACCUGAGUUUGAUAGAACAGGCAGGUCGCCUUCACUGCUUGGAGAACAGAUUCCUCCAUCCGCUACCAACCUCGAAAAUCAGAGAAAACAGGAUCAGAAAUUGCGCGAGCUGUCUUCAUGUCGUAUAUGGGAAUUUGCUCAGGUGCCACCACGUCGCUCAGAAGUCGUAGAAUGGUUCGAAAGGGAAAUAGCGCAUCCAAAACAGGACUCAUCAAAUGGCUCCCGCCGUCUGCCUGAAACGAAGCCAAACGUAUUAUGGCAGAUUGAGGGCGCGACACAGAAGGAUCCACACGGGUUCAAAUACUCCCAGAAGCAGGGGUCCACGAGUGUGGAACACCAGACUCAAUACAUGAGCGUAAUGAGCCUUGAAGUGCAUGUCAAUACUAGAGACUCUUUGGCUCCAAAUCCGGAAGAGGAUGAGAUAGCCUGUGUUUUUUGGUGUCUCCAGUCCGACGACGAAGAUCUCGAUGUUAACAGUGCCCUGGACGGCGUUCAUGUUGGAAUCCUUGCCCAGUCGGGAUCUGAUGCCCUGGGAAAAGUAGCGCGGUCUAUAACUGUCGAUUUUGAACGGGAGCCAACGGAAUUGGAUUUGAUCACUCGCCUGGUUGAUAUCGUGCGAUACUAUGACCCGGAUAUUCUUACGGGCUAUGAGGUGCAUAAUAGCUCUUGGGGAUAUUUGAUUGAGCGGGCGCGGUACAAGUACGACUUGGAUUUAUGCGACGAGCUCUCUCGAGUCAAAGCACAAUCCCAUGGUAGAUUUGGUAAAGAAAACGACCGCUGGGGUUUCAACCACACCUCUAGCAUUCGGGUGACUGGGCGACAUAUGAUCAACAUCUGGCGUGCAAUGAGAAGCGAGCUCAAUCUCUUGCAAUAUACGAUGGAGAAUGUUGUCUUUCAUCUGCUACACAGGCGAAUCCCACACUACCCGUUCAAAGAGCUAACGGCGUGGUACAAGAGCAGCAAGCCGCGGGACGUGAUGAAAGUCAUUGAAUAUUUUGUCUCCAGAACCCUGAUGGAUCUGGAAAUUCUCGAAGCGAACGAGCUAAUCCCCAGAACUAGCGAACAAGCUCGUCUGCUGGGCAUCGACUUUUACUCUGUUUUCUCUCGUGGCUCGCAGUUCAAGGUGGAGUCCCUGAUGUUUCGAAUCGCCAAGCCCGAAAAUUUCAUAUUGAUCUCUCCAAGCAAGAAGCAAGUCGGUCAACAGAACGCUCUUGAAUGUCUUCCUCUGGUGAUGGAACCUCAAAGUGAUUUUUACACCAGUCCGCUUGUGGUCUUAGAUUUUCAAUCUCUGUAUCCGAGUGUCAUGAUAGCAUACAAUUAUUGCUAUUCAACCUUCCUCGGCCGACUUGUCAGCUGGCGUGGGCGGAACAAAAUGGGGUUCACUGACUACGAGAGGCCACCUCGUCUGCUGGAGCUCCUUGGGGACAAUAUUAAUAUUGCUCCUAACGGAAUGAUGUAUACCAAGCCUGAGAUACGGAAGUCACUUCUCGCCCGAAUGCUAAGCGAAAUCUUGGAGACUCGUGUCAUGGUCAAAAGUGGUAUGAAAGUCGACAAGGAUGACAGGAUUUUGCAGCGCUUGCUCAAUAACCGGCAAUUGGCGCUCAAGCUGAUUGCCAACGUCACAUAUGGCUACACGUCUGCCUCGUUCUCGGGACGAAUGCCAUGCUCUGAAAUUGCGGAUAGUAUUGUCCAGACAGGACGAGAGACCCUAGAAAAGGCGAUUGCCUUAAUACACUCUGUCGAACGCUGGGGCGCUGAGGUGGUGUAUGGCGAUACGGACAGUCUCUUCGUCUAUCUCAAAGGACGUUCACGGGACGAAGCAUUCACUAUUGGGGAGGAGAUUGCCCAGGCCGUCACUAAGAUGAAUCCUCGUCCGGUUAAACUCAAAUUUGAGAAGGUUUAUCAUCCAUGCGUUCUCCUGGCGAAGAAGCGAUAUGUUGGCUUCAAGUACGAACGUAGAGAACAGACAGAACCCGAGUUCGAUGCGAAGGGGAUCGAGACUGUUCGUCGAGAUGGCACACCGGCUGAGCAGAAGAUUGAAGAGAAGGCCCUCAAGAUUCUUUUCAGGACGGCAGAUUUGAGUCAGGUCAAGAGGUACUUCCAGAGUCAAUGUUCGAAAAUCAUGCAGGGCAAGGUGUCCAUCCAGGAUUUCUGUUUUGCGAGAGAAGUGAGGCUGGGAACGUACAGCGAGAAGGGCUUGCUUCCUCCUGGAGCUUUGAUCAGUGCCAAGAGGAUGCUCAUGGACCCUCGUUUGGAGCCCCAAUACGGCGAGCGCGUGCCAUACGUGGUGGUCACUGGUGCUCCCGGGUCGAGACUGGUUGAUCGCUGUGUCGCCCCCGAAGUACUUCUUGACAACCCGCAUCUUGAGCUCGAUGCCGAGUAUUAUAUAACCAAGAACAUCAUUCCGCCAUUGGAACGUAUAUUCAACCUGGUUGGGGCGAACGUCCGCCAGUGGUACGACGAAAUGCCGAAGUUCCAACGAAUUCGACGCAUCGAGGGCGUGGCUACUGCUGCUGGGGAGGCCGGAUCCUCCAAAAAGACCCUUGAGUCGUACAUGAAAUCGUCCGCUUGUAUCCUCUGCAAGGAUAAACUCGACGAUGCUGAACUCCCCAUUUGCAGCUCUUGUGCCAAUCAACCUCACAUUUCCCUUUUCACCCUAACGUCUCGCCUCAAGCAGGCCGAGAGGAGAGUCAACGAUCUUCUCAAGAUCUGUCGGUCAUGCAUGGGCGUUCCAUUUGGCGAUGAUGUCAAGUGCGACAGUAAGGACUGUCCAGUAUUCUACUCGAGGACAAGGGAUAUGGCCAAUUGGAAGCAUUCGAAUGCCGUCCUCGAACCCGUCAUCAGGAUGCUGGAAGAACGGAGCGAGAGCGUCUUGGAAUGGUAG